AUGUCAUAUUAAAAGAUAAGGUAAUUCAAAUUGAUGCUUAUAGGUGAAUAAGAGUAAGAUAAAAAUAUUAAUAUUUAGGGUUGGGAAAUCAACGUUAAUGAAUUAGAUUCUUUUAGAAAGAUUUCUUUUUUAACUAUACAAGUACAAAAGGAAUCAUUGGCCAUUUCAAAAAAAUAAAAAUUGA